UUGGUACUGUAUAGUACAGCCCUCAAAGCCUGGUAAACAAACAAGCAAUCAGUAUGAGCAAACAAGCUUCAUUGCAGCACCACUUAUGUAAGCGGUAGCCGUGCUCAGAGAACAGCCCCUUCUCCGUCUACCUGUAACCCGGUACCCCGCUGCAUGGCGCCUGAGCGGCAGAGGGAUAGAACGAGCCGGUGUCCGUCGCUAUUCUUUCACGUUGUACGGCUGUGUGGACGUUAGCUUUGGGUUGGUAUUGCUACAGUUUUAUAGCUUCCCUGUUUCAUCCUCGUACGUAUUUCAGGUUGAGGUGACGGGUUUGUGAAGACUGUGGCUGGAUUGCACAGACCUACACUGCGGCGCCGACUGGGAUCUCUCAGUGACUCUGCCGAGAUGGAGGGUGAUCCUGAGAGCAGCGCUCCCGAGACGGAGAGCUCCAGAGAGGAGGAGCCCGCUGGACCUGCCCCCAUCCCUGACAGAAUGAAACAGAAGCAGCUUCUCGCCGUCGAGGAGCUGGUGUCCACCGAGAGGAACUACCUGAACAUGCUGCAGCUCUGCACUCUGGACAUCCAAAGCAGCCUGCAGCUCAAGCAGCUUCCCUCAGUGGACCUGGCAGGACUGUUUGCGAACAUCGAUGACGUGAUUGACGUCUCCAUCCGAUUGCUGAGCCUCCUAGAGGGGACUGCCCACACAGACCCACAGUUCCUCGGCUACAUCGGCAAAGCGUUUCUGGGCCUGAGAGAAGACUUGGAGAGUGUUUACAAGGAGUAUUGUGCCAGCUACACCAACACGCUUGCACUGGAGUCCAGCUACAAGCAGAGCGAGGGACUCUGGCAGGAGAUCAUACAAACGAUAAAGACUGUGGCACCCCACACCAAUGCCUCAAGCCUAUCCUUCUUCAUGGUGAUGCCAGUCCAGAGGAUUGCCCGCUACCCGCUGCUCCUGCAGAAUGUGCUGAAGAACACAGAGCCCUCUCACCCCGGCUACCAGUGCCUGCAAGAGGCUGCGACUGCCACUGUGGAGCUCAACGUCCGCAUCAACGAGUACAAGCGCCUUAAGGAAGUGGCCGACAAAUACAAGAAAAUGGAGAGCCUUACAAUCAUGGACAGACUGUGCCGGAUCAACAAGCACAGUAUCGCCAAGAAGACAGCCAGGCUGAGCCAGAUGAUGAAGCAUGAAGCUGGCAUCGUACCCAAGACAGAAGACAAAGAGUUUGACGUCCUGGAAGAAUAUAUGUGUGUCCUGGAAAAGGGGGUCGCAGACCUGCAGGAGAACGUGGCCGUCUAUCUGAAGCAUUUAGAGGAUUUCCUCAGAAGUAGACCACACGAGCGGGAUUUGAACAUUGAAAAUGAAGAGGCUGUCAGGUGCUAUAAGGAGAUUUCAGAAGCAAUGCACCAGUGGAUAUACCCCACGUUCAGGCGGAGGCUGGAGGCCCUGGUGUUCAGGCCACUCUGCACGCUCAGAGAGCUGAUGGCUGGCCCUCGUAACCUGAUCCGGAAACGCCUGCACAAGCUGCUGGACUUCGAGCAGAUCGAGGAGAAGCGUCGGUCGGGCUCCGUGAGCUACGAGGAGCAGGAGGUCGCAAACACUUACCAGGCCCUCAAUGCGCUGCUGCUGUCCGAGCUCCCACGCCUCAACGCCACCGGCACCCAGCUCCUCCUGAACACCCUGGGGGCCUUCAGCUGCAUACAGAGGGACCUGGCUGCAGAGGUGGAGCGGCUCAGCCAGGGGUACCUGCAACAGCUCCCUCACAGCCACCUGCCCCCCAGUGCUUUCUGGCGCUGGGUGGGAGAUGCCAUCCAAGAAGCGACCCAGAAGGUGCAGAGUGCCAGCCAGAGCAUCGGAGAACAUCUCAACACCCCAAUAGCAAUGCCCCUGAGUCCCUCCAGCCAGCAGCGUCUGAGAGCGCUCUCCCUGAAGUACAGACCGGAGCGCAUCUACCAAGUGAGCAGCAACGUGGGGGGCAGCCGCGAGCUGGACCUGACCCUGCCGAGGGGGGAGCUGGUGGGUGUCCUGCAAGAGAUGGACACGCAUGGAGACCAGCACCGGUGGCUGGUGGAGGCUGGAGGUCGAAGGGGGUACGUCCCAGCUGGAAAACUAAAACCCUACCACCAGGUGGCACUGGCCCCCUCCCUUUCCCCAUCUCCGUCCCGCUCCCGCUCUCCAUCCCUCUCCAUCUCUCCCUCCCAGUUCCCCUCUUCCCAGUAUCUAUCUCCUGUUGUGGGCGGUGCAGAGUGCAGGAGACACUCCUACACUGAGAUGACAGUGACAGACAGGACUACAGCCCCUCCCUGCUUCCAGGUGUUAGCGGGCUACGACUUCUCAGCUCGGGGCUCCCACGAGUUAAGCCUGCAGGCUGGUGAGCCGGUGAAGGUGCUGGAGCCCCACGACAAACGAGGGAGCCCCGAAUGGAGCCUGGUGGAGGCACGGGGCCAGAGGGGGUACGCCCCAUCCAACUACCUCAUGGUGGUGCCAAUGCUGGGGGGCCAUGCCAGCGCCCCCAGCUCCCCCAAUCUGCUGACAAAAUGAAACUCCCCCAUGCACUAUGCUUUACUAAGGCAUUAGUCCUUGCAAAAGAAAUGCAGUGGACGCUAGCCCUGGCAAUCCAGGGCUGUGGUCUUAAGAAGCUUGCUUUCAGAGGGCCUGCACAGUGUGGACAGCGUUUCUCUUGUACCACCAGAUUCCAAGAGGCAGUGGUUUAAUAAUUACACAGUGACCAGGCAUGAAGACCCUGGUGAUUAUAUAAUAGCUAGUGUUUUUAUUGUUAUUAAUAUGGCUGGUAGUGCAGCUGCAUGGGUGUUGGGCACAAGAUUCCUAACACCAACGUCGCUGCACCCAGAUCCUUAGACUCAGUCCUCUGGUAAGUGCUGUGAACCCCAACGUCGCUGCACCCAGAUCCUCAGACUCAGUCCUCUGGUGAGUGCUGUGAACCCCAACGUCGCUGCACCCAGAUCCUCAGACUCAGUCCUCUGGUGAGCGCUGUGAACCCCAACAUCGCUGCACCCAGAUCCUCAGACUCAGUCCUCAGUGCUGUGAACCCCAACGUCACUGCAACCAGAUCCUCAGGCUCAGUCCUCUGGUGAGUGCUGUGAACCCCAACGUCGCUGCACCCAGAUCCUCAGACUCAGUCCUCCGCUGAGUGCUGUGAACCCCAACGUCGCUGCACCCAGAUCCUCAGACUCAGUCCUCAGUGCUGUGGGUUGAGCAGUGAGGCUUGCACAGGGAAAAGGAUUUCAGAGACUGUAGUGAAACUCUUUUUCGAUGCUUUUUAAUCCAGUCCUAAGGGGCCUGGGUUUUGGCCUGUUGCCCGGCACCUUGUUUUUGUUUUGUUUUUAAAUAACUAAACUCUGUUUGCAUAUUAAACAUCACGCAGUGUUUUUAGCAUGAUACAGUUCCAAUGGUUGUUGUUUCUGCACACAGUGUAAUUGUCAGUUUCUUUGUGAUCGAGAUGGAGUGGAAAAAGGUCAAAUGAAUCUCCCUGGGGGUUGCAUGCAGUCACCAGCCUGUAACUGGAGUGUGGUUCGAACCUGUGUCUGGUGGUUGCAUGCAGUCACCAGCCUGUAACAUCAGUGUGGUUCUAACCUGUGCCUUGGUCCCUAAUUCAGCCACACUACCUGUCUCUCAUCAGUCAUCACAUGCACACUGCAAGCUUGACGCUGAAGAAUCGUAGACCAGUCAAGGCCAUCUCAUCACAUGCGCCGCAUCUCUUGGAAUUAAAAGCCAUAUUGGAUUUCGCAGUGCAAACUUCAAUUCUAAUUCGUGAUCUUGCAUGCUGUGCAGAUGCAAGCCCAAACCGGGUUAAAGCAGACAGAUUCCCUGCUGCCUCAUCUCGUGACUUCAGGGAAGGCGUGCAUUAAGAGAAGGGACAGGAAUGUUUGAAAUGCUUGAAUGUUUAAACACAGAGUCGGGUUUGCAUUGUGAAGCACAGUCAGGGAAAGAAGGAAAAAAUCAACAAAACAAAAAACGAAACCAUGGAGACCAAAUGCAUCACAGCCAAGUCUGGCAACAGAAUACAACAGUGAAGGAGUGAUGCAGAGUGGCAAGUGGAAAAAAACAGAAAGUGGACAGAAUGGAAACUGGGUGGCAUAGCAUUAUUAAAGUGUACUGCAGUACCUGUAAUAAAGCACAGUGAAAGCACA